CGGUGGCCGAGUUUUUAUCAUGACACAACACACCGUCGUCUUGUAGAGUUUAAACUCCACGGAAACAAAGAGUGUGACGCUGUAUAUAGAUGCGUCCAGAAUUGUCUAUACUCUAAAGUCAGUCAGUCGGUCAGUCAGUUGAGGCGACACCAUCUAUGUGUCAGUCGCUAUAGACACGAACGAGUUAUAACAGGAGAACUUUAUACAUCGGUAAUCACACAAGGGGACGUUUCUGAAGACUGUUAUCAUGGAGUACGAAAAAGAAGGUCCGUUGCACGAGAUGUUUUCACGUCAAGCUCGUGCAACACCGGACAACAUGGCGCUGAUUUCACUGGAUGGACGUGAAGUGACGUUCCGUGAAUUGGAUCAGUGGACGGAUAUUUUGGCAAGGAAGCUCGUGAUUUGUGGAGUAGCUCCUGAUUCUUGUGUCGGGAUCUACAUGGAUAAAAGUGUAGAGUUCGUCACGGCCUACAUCGCCAUACUGAAAGCAGGUGGAGCGUAUCUGCCGAUCGACACAUCCUAUCCUACCCCACUGCUGGAGUCCAUCUUGAAAGAUGCACAGCCGGUUGCAGUUCUUACUUCAAAGGAUCUGUCCAAGAAUGUCACGGAUUCUCACAAGGUGAUUGAAUUGGCGGAUGGCUGGCAAGAUCGCCUACAGCAGCAGAUCGACCAACAGAAAGGCGACCAAAUGCCCCAUGGGGUGACGCUUGACAACCUGGCCUAUAUAGUUUACUCAUCUGGCACAACGGGCAGACCUAAAGGUAUAAUGUGUCCCCACCGGGGUGCCGUAUUUUCCUACCACUGGCGUCACAUCAGUUACCCAUAUGGGGAAGGGGAAAGAGAGGGCAGCAACAUAUUCUUUGUAUGGGAGAUGCUCCGGCCCAUCCUAAAAGGUGUACCAAUGUGUAUUGUUCCCAACUCCGUCAUCUACGACCCUCACCUACUGUGUCAAAGCAUCAGCAACAACGUCAUCACUCGCAUCCUCUUCACGCCAUCCUUGCUGGAGACAAUUCUCAACACUGCAGACAUAGAUUUCAAACAGUCGCUGAAGACGCUCAGACAAAUAUGGUUCUGUGGUGAGGUGGUGACAACAGCAUUGCUGCGAAGGUGCGUCAAGACGUUGCCAUGGAUACGCUUUGUCAACCUGUACAGCAUUUCGGAAUGUCAUGACGUCGCUUGCGAAGAUCUCACAGCUUACUACACCAAUAAUAAAGAAUCAAUGAUGUCGAGAAAGUUUUGUCCCGUCGGGAAGUUGUUACCAGGCGUUCAUGUCGCCAUCUUGAACGAGGACCAACAAGUUCAGCCUGUCGGAAUGCCAGGGGAGAUAUUCGUCAGUGGUCCUACACUGGCUCGUGGAUACCUGAAGCGGCCCGACAUCCAGGAGAUGCGCUUCAUCCAGCGGCCAGACACGGUGCCAGCGUCGUACGGGGACGUCCUCUACAGGACUGGGGACUGGGGCUACGUCCUCUCCGACAGCAGCCUGGAAAUAUGCGGCAGGUGUGACUCUAUGGUGAAGAUCAGAGGGUACUCCAUUGAAGUACAGGCGGUGGAGUCCGCCCUGAUGUCACUCCCGAUGGUGAACGCGUGUGUCGUCUUGGUGAUUGGGGAAGAAGGGGAGGACAAGUUCCUCGUUUCUUAUCUUGUGCCAGAAGGGCAGACCAACAAGAAGGAGGUGAGAGCCGCCCUGAAGAGGAGGCUGCCCUUCUACAUGAUACCAUCCUACUUCGUGAUCCUUAAAAGUAUUCCGAUCGUAAAAGCGACAGGAAAGCUGGACAAGAAGUCACUCCCACCGUUUGAGAAGCAGGAUUCAGAGGAAGGUGAAGUUGAAGGUCGCCCGACAACCGAAACAGAGGUCAAGGUUGCAGACAUCUGGAGUAAAGUCCUGCAGAUGCGGGACAUCGACAUUCAAGAGAGUUUCUUUGAUAUGGGAGGUCACUCCCUCCUCGCUGCCCAGUUGCUGAACGUGAUCCAGGAGAAGUUCGGCUUCCGGAUCGCUGUACAGGACCUGUUUUCCUACCCCACCGUGUACAGUCUGAGCCGCAUGCUGGACAGCAAACUAAACAACACCGUCACCAAGUGUUGCGCCCAGAGACCCAAGCUGGACCUCCAGACGGAGGUCGAGAAACACGACCAGGGCGUCCUCAAUCUGGACAUUCAGCUGCGUGCAUUCUGGCGGACCUUCCAUCAUCGCCAUCAUUUCCAUAAGGGGCGAGUCUUGUUGACAGGGGCAACGGGAUUCCUAGGAGUAUUUAUACUCAGAGAGUUGUUACUGAGUACCAAGCUGCUGAUAUACUGCCUGGUACGGGAACUGCCGCAGGUGGAGGCACUUGACAGAAUAAAAGAAACCUUGAGGAAGUAUGGCAUUCUGGGUAAAUCUGAAAGUGAGGCGACAGAAGAGCAGAAACAAGUGGAAGCCAUGCUCGUCAGGAGAGUCACGGUUAUCAAAGGUAACGUGGCCUUGAUAAACUUGGGGAUGAGUGAGGACGACUACACAUACCUCUGUACCGACAUAGACUUCAUCAUCCACACCGCCGCCAUCGUCAACCUGGCCUACCCCUAUAGUGCUCUCCAUGGCCCCAAUGUUCUCGGCACUGCCAACAUCAUUCUGUUUGCCUGUACUGGAAAAGUAAAGCCCAUCCACUACAUCAGCACAGAUGCAGUUUUUCCGAAUGGAUUAGCGGGUUGUUCAGAAGAAGAUGAUGCAUCAAGUUACCAUGACGACUUGGAAGAUGGAUAUUCACAAUCUAAAUGGGUUGCCGAGCAGCUGGUGAAGAAAGCUGGAAAGAGGGGACUGCCUGUUACAAUUUACAGAUUAGGUAACCUGUCCGGUGACAGGCUAACAGGACAAUGGAACCCUCAAGACUUCACACUGCUGGUGCUGCAGGCUUGUACAAAACUAGGACUGGCUCCAGAAGUGAACUGGAACAUGGAAAUGACACCUGUGGAUUUUGCUUCCAAAGUCAUUGUUAAGAUUACCCAGAAUCCUUCAUCUGUAAUGGGGAAAACAUUCCAUGUUAUCAACACACAACCAAUCAAAGCAAGAUGGGUGUUUGAGCGGAUGCAGGGCAAUGGUUUUUCCCUUAAGUUUGUCCCCUUCUCUGAAUGGCGGGAUGCUGUUCUCGGACAGUCCAACGGUCACAGCAACCAGACAGGUCUGCUAUCCCAGCUUCUGGACACAUACAUCACAGAUGCAUCAUUCUUUGAAAAGCUGAGCUCAUAUACAAAUGACAGUCUUUUGUCCAUGCUGUCACAACUUGGUCUCUCGUACGCCUACACCGAUAGUGUCUUGCUCAACCACUACUUCACAAACCUUCUCAACAACAAACUUAUCGUGAAGAGACGUCAGCGGUUGACACUUACAGGAUCAGGUGCUCUAGAUGGAAAGGUUGCCAUAGUAACAGGAGCAUCGUCUGGCAUAGGGUCAGCCAUUGCACUGGCACUGGCUCACGAAGGCGCCAAGGUUGCUAUGGCAGCAAGGAGAGAGGAUAAACUGAGGGAAGUCGAGAAAAGCAUGGCUGAAUUUGGUGGAGUUGCGAUUUCUGUUAAGACUGAUGUAACGAAGAGAAGUGAGGUUGCGGAGUUGGUGAAGCACACAGAGAUGACGCUUGGCCCCGUGGACAUCCUUGUGAAUAAUGCCGGCAUCAUGUACUACACGCUGAUGACCAACCUGCACUUCGAUGAGUGGGACAAACAAGUAGACCUCAACUGUAAAGGCGUGACCAACUGUAUUGGUAGUGUCCUUGAUGGGAUGGUCAAGAGAAAGAAGGGUCACAUCAUCAACAUCUCAUCGGAUGCAGGCAGGAAGGGAUUUCCUGGACUGGCUGUCUACUCAGGCACCAAGUUCUUUGUGGAAGGAAUGUCCCAGGCUUUGCGCCAUGAGGUCAAGGGGUUGGGGGUCAAGGUCACCUGUAUCCAGCCUGGAGACGUAAAGACGGAACUUCAAGGCCACACAACAGAUGCUGAGGCAAAGUCCCAGUUUGACAUGAGUGAAUCGGGUAAAGUCCUGGAGGCAGAAGAUGUCGCCCGUGCUGUGGUUUUUGCUGCCUCACAACCUGAAUAUGUCGGCAUCAAUGAAAUCCUAGUGGAAUGUCGGGAGGGAUGCAUAUGAGGGCAGUAAGGAUGAAGUGUGAAGGUCAACAUCAUAAAAGAGGAGGCAACCUGUACAGACAAGAAUACUAGCCUGUACUGCCGCCGCUGUUGACCACCAUUACUCAGGGAUUAUAGGCGUUAUGUCUUCGGACACACAUGGGCUUCUCAUAAAUGCAGGGACACUUUCAUGAUGAUUAAAGUUGAUGUGGCUCGUCCAUUCAUUACUAUUUUUAUGAGGGUCAUGUGUGAAUGAGUUGAUGUCCAUUGUGCAUUGAUUAAUAUUUUAAUGAGGGUGAUGUGCAAAUGAGUUGAUUGCAUUGUUUCUGAGGGUUUAUUAUCGAUUUGUAAUAUUGAUAAAAGAAUAAACCUUUUUUUAUGAAUGUGUUAUAUGAGACAUUCCAGUAAUCCCACCAUAAACCUCCAGUGCCUUCAAUUGUGCCACAAACGUGUUCAUGGUAAGAAUUUCAUGUUUGCCAUUUUGUUUGAAGGAAUUGCAAGUGAUAUGAGAGAUGGAAUCUGAUUGAUCCGUAGGAGGGACAUAGAAGGGACAUAACUCAUAAUUGCCACUGGUGGCGAUCCCGGAAAUGCCCGCCUAGUUUGGCAAGGAUGGAAUCUGGACUUUUAUAGUCAGUUAAAGCCCUUUCCUCAGGAAGAUGGCAACUAUGUGAAGGUUGGCACAAAAUUUUGAACUGAAAAUGUAAAUAAUGUAUUUGCUCUGUUAAGCACCCUGCUCCAAUUUGCACCCCCUUACCAAUUCCUACAUCUGGGGUAUAUAUCUUACCUCCUACCAUUCUGACAGCCCAUCAGCCUACGCAAGAGAUACUAACAAUUACCUCAAAAUAGAUAUGUUUUUUCUCUGGAGUUCUACAUGCCUCACAUGGACACCAAUCCACAGUGUCAACACAAAUCUGGUGAGGUGAGGUGAAAUGGGGUUUAACGUCGCGUCCAAGAUUAUUGCACUUAUAUAGCGACUUGUCUGUGCGUGUGUCGCUGCUUGUACUAGUCCGGACUGAUGCCGAUGUAUAGUGCUAGCCC